CAUCCACCCAUCAUGGAUGAUACACACUUUCCAUGAACCGACCACACCUCACCAUAGCCUGAGCCAUUUAUCGGAGAAACAAAGGAAUAGCUUUGUUACGAUUUAAACUGCGCCUGAGAUCUUUUAUCAAGCUACUCUUACGACAAUAGAGCCAGUCUGGAACCGCAAAUCGGGUCGCUAGGCAUCGUAAUCAGUCCACGUUCGACAAGAGACGGCUGGAGCAGCGAAGUUGCCGUGGAGCAGUGCCGAUUGUUGCUGAGCACAGAAGGGUUGCACGUUGCCGGUUAGAACGGGAGCCUCCGGUAUGUCUCGGAUACUGAGUGGGAGGUUGGGGACAUGCUCUUACUUCCCCAAUCCUCAGUCGCUCAAUGCCCUCACUGACUCAUCACACCACAUCCCAUACCAUCCCCUCUCCCACAUCCCAAGGCUGACGCCUCCAACCUCCCAGCUACCACCGCCAGCACCACCACCAAACUCCACUCCUCCCCACCCCCCCAACAAUGUCCUCCUCCAUAAAACAAGCCGCCGAAUCGGCCCGCGCCAAAUCCGAAGCCCUCGAGUCCAGCAAACGCGCCGCCGAAAAAGCCAUGUCCGACCCUAUCGGCGCUAAAAACUCCCUCUUCCAAGCCCCCGGCAUGCGUGCCGCCCUCCCAUUCCUCAACGGCGGCCUCGCCGGCAUGGUCGCUACUACCGCCAUCCAGCCCAUCGACAUGGUAAAGGUGCGUCUCCAGCUCGCCGGCGAGGGGGCACGCACGGGGCCGAAACCGAGCCCGGUGAAGAUAGCUAGGGAUAUCAUCGCCGCGGGGAAGGUGAAAGAUUUGUAUACGGGACUCAGUGCCGGGUUGCUCAGACAGGCUGUGUAUACCACUGCGCGCAUGGGAUUCUUUGAUACGUUCAUGAAGUCCUUCUCAAAGAGCACCGAGGCUGCGGGCAAGAAAGUCGGGUUCGCAGAGCGUGCGGCUGCUGGUCUCUCAGCUGGUGGAUUAGCAGCUAUGAUCGGCAACCCCGCCGACCUAGCGCUCAUCCGCAUGCAAUCCGACGGGCUCAAACCCCUCGCCGAGCGUAAAAACUACAAAUCUGUCAUCGACGCACUCGCAUCCAUCGUGCGCGCCGAGGGCGUGGCGCGGCUAUGGGCCGGCGCGGCACCGACGGUUGUCCGCGCCAUGGCGCUGAAUUUCGGCCAGCUCGCGUUUUUCAGCGAGGCGAAGGCGAGGCUUAAGGGCACUUCGCUGCCGCCGACGACGCAGGUGCUGAUGGCGAGUGCAGUGGCGGGGUUCUUUGCGAGCGCGAUGUCGUUGCCGUUUGAUUUUGUGAAGACGAGGUUGCAGAAGCAGGUUAGGAGCGCGGAUGGGAAGAUGCAGUAUAAGAGUAUGAUUGACUGCUUUAGGACGGUGGCGAGGGAGGAGGGGGUGUUGAGGUUUUAUCGGGGGUUUGCGACGUACUAUGUGAGGAUUGCGCCGCAUGCGAUGAUCACGCUUCUGGUCGCGGACUACCUUGGCUUCCUCACAAAGUAAAGGUGUGGCGAUUGGCGACGGAUAGGGGUGGUUUGAAGGCGGUGUGGAUGGAAUAUGGCUGGGCCGCUCAACAGGGCAAUGGGUGAUGGAUGGUCAUCGAAACUUUUCCGCAUACCCCCGCAAUAUUUUGAGAGAAAAAGAUGGGAGACGGGAGACGGGAGACGGG